AUGUCUGUGGCUGCAGGGCCUGUUAUGGACAAUGUGCAUCACUUCCCCCAAGUGGCUGACAAAGAAGCGCUGGUACAGUUUUGGCGGUCUGGUUUUGAAUACUUGGCACAGGGGAUAGCUGCUCACCACAACAUCACUCGUGCCACACGUAUAUACGAAGCCUACUCUCAUAGAGGUACCUCGGAUGGCCCACCGCCACCAGCCUUGGAUGCUCAAAUCGCAUCUCAGAAAGAAAAUCUCGAAUCGAGUAUUCUCGCUCUUGCUGAACUAGCAGCCUCAGGACUGGUACAGCCGAACAUAUCACACCAAGUACACACGUCGCCUUUGCUGGAAACACGAGUUGUUGCAUUGGAGGAUCAAAUGAAGGAGCUUCUGGCGAUUGUCCAACCCCUUAGCGCAAAGCUUGGAGUUUUGGAUGGAAAUGUAGCUCGCAUUGACUCCAGUGUUAAUUCUAUAGAGAAAAGGGCGAAUGCCACUACCACACAUCUCGAUGACCGACACAAACAGUUGGAGGAACGUAUUGGAGAGCUCUCUGCGCAGGUUUCCAGCCCUCAGCCCACUCAAGUUCUGCAACACGACCAGGGAGAAUUGGAGAAACAAGAGAGACAAAUCAUGAGUAUGGACACCAAGAUAGCCGUGCUAGAGGGAACCAGGUCCAGAGUUGAUGCACAAGGCACCACACUGGUAUUGUUGGAUAGUAAAAUAACCGGGCUUCAGAACGACGCCAUAGAUAUUCGGACAAACAUGAAAAGUCUUUUGACGCUUGCCCCUGAAGUCAAUGAUCUCUUGUCGGUCCCUGUUAAAAUAGAACAAACAGGACAAGAUAUCAAAAAUUUGAGGGAGCAACAAGAAACUAUUGCUUCCCAACUCACCUCUUUUGAAACUUCCCUGGGACUUAUGGAACAAAGGUUGGAACAAACAAACAAGGAAACCUCUGGUUCACUCGAUUCAUCAUCCGCCGAUGUUUCUGCUCUUCAGUCCUUAAAGGAACAUGCUAGCUCGCUCAUUGAACUUCCUGGGACUCUGGAUCAGCUCCAAGCCAGUGUAGCCGAGCUCGCCCCACUCAAGCUGUACUCUCAGGACCUUACAGCCGUUGCGGGAAAAUCUUCACAAUUGCUCGAGCUGAUCUCCCACAAUGAAAGAGUGCAGGACGAUAUCAAUCAAAUCCGGAGUAAGUUGGCUCGGUGUAGCAAGGAUAUGGCUGAUGCAAAAAAGGAAACUGCGGAGAAUGCUCGUUUGUUAGAUGAAAAAGUGGCGGGUUUAUCUUCCACGAAUCAAGCCAUACAAGAAGAACUCUUAGGGGCCAACAACAAAAUGGCUCAAUUUGAGCUUGAUUUCAAGACAAUCAAGGCAGAAUCUCAAGUUAUCUCCGCAAGGAUCAACGGGAUCGAUGCGAAGCUCAAGGCCAAUCAAGUUACGGCCCAAUGGUCACAAGAGCAGAUCCAAGCCAUGCGGGCGGACGUUGCUUAUCUCGAACCGUUGAAAGAACAACGGGAGGCACUCUUGCUCUUAUCUGGUCGAACAGAAGCGCUUAUGCCGCUUUCCGUAAAGUUUGGAUCUCCCGAAUUCCAGACGCUGUUAAAGAAAGCAGAAGAAGCUGAUGCGACAACAGACACUGCCCGAAAGCUUGUUACCGAGGUGGUGAAUGUCUGCAGAGACCUCCAACAGCGGCUGAACAGAGUCGAACCCCAUGUAAACCAACUGGAAUCCGACAUCUCAGGUGCAUUGGAGAAAUUGACUGGUCUGCAAAACACCUCGGAUGCGACGGAAUGCCAAGUCAAGGAUAUCGCGGGCUCACUUCAGCAGGUUCAGAAUGAGGUCUCUUCUCUCGUAACGUUCAAGAUAGAUACUCAGAAGGUUCUUGAGAACUCUACCUCCAAUCCCUCACCCAAUGAGGAGAUCCAAGUCCUGAAGAAGACGCAUGCCAGUGAUAUCACGCCCAUGAAAGGCGAGAUCAAGAAGCUCAAAUCCACUUCUUCUGCUCUACGCAAGGAUAUGGAUGAUGCCAAGGGGAAAAUUACCCCACUCCUUGCCUUGCAGCAGCAACUCCAGGAGUACCAGGACGGCAUCACCAAAUUGGAGGAGAGGGUCCGGAAACUUGAAACACCGCUCACGGUACGAAUUCCGGGUCAAACCGGUGCCUCGGCAGUAGCCCAAGCGUUCAAUACUGCAGGCAGUAGCUCAAAAUCGGGUUCGCGGAAAGCCAAUGCAUCGGGUCCCAGGAAGUCUUCGAAUACGCAAUCGCAGCAGUCGUCUCAAUCUCAACCCCCUAAGGUCACACUUCCCGAGUCUCAGGCCGAAACGGAAGCCCAAUCGUCCUCACUUGCAUCAGGAGGCUCGAGUAAACCAGCCCAUGCUACCGAUGAUUUGGCCGCACUGAUUGACAGGGUCAAACGGACUGAAAAGGAGGUCACGAACUUGUCUCAUUCGUUUAGCAAGUCUAAGGCGAAGCUUGGGGAAUUGGAAGAUUCGGUGAACGGGGUUGAUCAACAGAUGACCAUGGUACAAGGGAUACUGAACGAGAAUUCAAUUGCAUUGAAGCUCAUAGAAACGGAAUUCGCGAACCUGAAGGCGGACAAUACCACCAAGUUGAGAGAGAUCGAUACCAAACAGGCUCGAACCGUCAAUUUGAUUGACGCAGCCCAGGAACUAAAGGAUGAUGCGACCACUAAAUUGAAGGCAAUGGAGACUACCAUGGGCAAAUUGGCACAAUUGAAAGAAUACACGGGCGCAAUUGUUGCUCUUGUAGAGCCUGUCCCAGCCUCUCCGUCGUCACACGCUAGCAGCGGAACGCCCGAAUCUCGGUUUGCCCGCCUCGAAAGAAUGUCGAAUAGUGCCACCAAGGAACUCAUAAAUAUCAAUGGAUGGGUCCAGUGGGCAGAUGGAGAGGUCAGAAAUUACAAGACUUUGAAUGGCGAAAUUAAAGCUCUAGGUCGACACGUCCGGGAACUGGCGGGUUCAAUUGCGACCAUGAAUCCGCUGUCGGCAUCUCUCACGGAGCGGGCACCGGAAUUGCUUGGCUUGCUCGAACGACCAGCGGGCCAGGCAUCCGAUUCGAUUCAGUCAACUCCUAGGCAGCCCGAGGGGGUCGCCCGAUUUGGUGCCCGAAUGAAGACGCUCGAGGAGCAAAUACACACUCUCCGAACGGCUCAACCUAAGCUCCAAGAGGAUCUAGAUAAAGUCACUUCUCAGCCUCUGUUGUCCCUCGUUCCACUUUCGAGCCAUGUCUCAAGCCUUAUACUUCUAGUCGACCAAGUGCCUCAAUUGCACGCAUCAAUUCAGUCACUCUCGGACCGGGUCGAUGCAGCCGCGUCGACUGCUGCAUCUUCGGCGCAGGUUCCAGUCGACCCUGGUCCAGCGAGCCAGUUGCGUUCACCGGUAACGGAUCGGGAGGUGUCUCCCGCUGAACAAUCUACGGACAAUACUGUUGUAUUCGUCCCGGCGACCAGCGAGCGUCGCCGGAACAAACGGCGCCGCACCGAAGAAAUGCUCGAGUCGUUUGAGAGCCGGAUCGAUGGUAUACAGGGCGAGCUGGAUGGCGUUUCUGAUGAUGUCAAGAUGCUUUGCACAGAGCAGGCAAAGGCCAGGAGGCGUACAAAUGUGCAUCCCGCUGAAGCUCUGCCAUCGCAGUCUCUCGAGCCUGGAGAGGUUACCGAGACGAGCAGCAAAAUGAGCGAAGACCUGGAUAUGCUUAUGGAUACGUUGCGCGACCUCUUUGAGGGCAAGGGUACAUGGCCGGAACGAAUUGAUCUCGUGCUCGGGAAGCAGUGGGCUCAAGUCUUGCAGUCGCCCCAAUGCAGGACGGCCGCAGGUGCUUCUAUGACGAUUUCCAAAAUACACGAAGAGAUCGAGGUGCUCAAGUUGGCGAUCGAGGCGCAUGGGUCUGGGACCACAGCAUCUCCGAGUGCCAUCGAUGCGGCACACAUAGCUUGGGGCGAGACCUUUACCAAACAGGUCAUGGCAGACGUUGGUAAAGAACAGGCCCAAUUUAGAACCGAGCUUGAAGAGGUGAUCAGUCGAGCGCUUUUACCCGUGAGAAAAGUGUUCAAGGCACUCAAGGACACUUCAUCCGAUUUGUGA